GCCUGCUGUGACCCUCAUGUGGCCGGGGUGUCCCAUUCAGCUGCCAUCAGCCGCGCAAGUGCCCACCUCAGACUGUCCUGGGGGAUGCCCCUUUAGUGAUCCCUAAAGCGCACCUCCAGCCACAGUUUCCUUAUCUGGACCAACCCCUCGUAUCUGCACAGUUGGUGCUCAGAGCUGGAAGAGGACCCAGCCGGAGCCUCAGUAUCUUGGGUGUGUCUUUAAUUGAGGUAUCAUUCAUCUAUCAUAAGUUUAAGUUUCAAGUGUACAAUUCAGUUUUGCAUAUAAUCACAGUAUUGCAUACCCGUCAUUUAUUCUAGAACAUUCUCAUGUCAUGGAAGGAAUUCUGUUCCUAUUAACAGUCAACCCUUCCUCCCCCUACCCCAUAGCCCCAGGCCUGAGAAACUGACCCUCACCUGGGUGUCCUCCCCUCCCCUUUGGUACCUAGGACUGGGUCCUUGGCCUUCUUCCCCCUCCCCCAGACUCAUCCAUUCUUUGGGCUCUAACCCUGUCUGUGUCCCCACGAUGCCACAGUCUUGUUGACAGUCCGUUGAGGUCCAGACUCAGGAUCCAGCUGUCCUUCAGAGUCUCCACAAGGAGGGUUACAGGGAAUCUCAUACUCAUUACAGCCACGCUGUGCCUCACCAUCCCCCUGAACUUGCUUCUCCCCCACCCCCAUCUCUGCUGAGGCAGCUUAGUCCUUCCCUAAUUGCUACAGUCAAAAUCCUUAGUCAUUCUUGACUCCUUGCUUUUCUUUACUCCGCCUCCAGUAAGCACAGCCUGUUUGUCUUCAGAACUUUCCAGAAUCUGCCCACUUCUCCCCCCUCCUGUGUCUCUACCAGGUCCACCCCAUCUUCUCCAGCCUGGGCCAGCCCAGUCCCCUCCACCCUUGCUUCUCUGCAACCCCACCCUCCUGUCCUCCCCACAGCAGCCACCAGAGGGCGCCCGGGAGCACCAGAGCAGGUCCCUGCCAGCUGCCCACUGCCCUCCAGAGCGCCCACUCCCCUGCGGUACAAGCUCAAGUCUUCUCUUGCUGCUCUAGCCCCUGCCUGUACCCUCACAUUGCCCCCCUGGCAUCACUCCACUAUCCAGCCAUUCUUUCCCUGCCACUCCUUGUGAGCAUUGAGGUGGGAAGGAGGCAAGUUUGUCCUGGUCACCACUUGCCUCCCUCCCCCCAAGGCUGACACUUGGUAGACACCCCACGUACGAGUUUCCUGUUGCAGCUGCAGCAAAUCUCUGCAGACUUGCCUGAAACCACACUCCCGUGUCAUCUCCCUUUCUAGGGGUGGGGAGUCUGACACUUGUUUCCCGGGUGGGAGCAGGUUGGCCCGCACAGGGGGGCAGGAUGCUCUUCCCAGGCCCCAGGGGGCCCAUCUCCUGCCUGUUCCAGCUUCUCAAAGAGCCACAUCCUGGGCUCAGGCCCUUCCUCCUCACAGCCAGCCGCGCCCUGAGGCCCUUCCCCACUCUCUGCCUUGGGCCCUUUUCCUCCCUCUAUGAGGACUCUCAUGAGCACCCUGGCCCCCCCCUCACUGCCCAGGAAUGCAGGAUGCUCCCCAUCUCAGGUGCCUCAACUGCAUCACCUCUGCAAAGUCCCCUUUGCCAUGUGAGGUGGCAGAUCCACAUGUUCUGGGGACCAAGGUGCAGCUGUAUGGGUUGCACAUCUGCUGACCACUCACUGAAUGACAACGCUCAUAGAAGCUGACGCAGAGACUCAGCGAGGCCAGCGGAGGGUGGGUCCUGAGGGGAGCAUCGCCCACCCCUCAUUGAGAGCCCCCUCCCCUGGGACUCUCCCACGGAGCUAUGUCCUGGCACUGGGUGCUGUGCGGAGUGGCGCCUGGCAGCUGACUUUCCAGCUCACUCCCUUGAGAGGGGCUGAGAACUGUCACCACUGCCCCAUCCCGGGUCCAGCCAUUCCCCACUAACCACAGCCACCUAGGCCCCUAGCACUCUCCACAACACCAGCAUGCCCUCACCAGAGGGCCUCGGAGAAGAGGCCACAUGGCCCGAGGUGUGGCGCACUGCUGUGUCCUCCUUGCCACUCCUCGUUAGGGCAAGUUCCUUCGAGAGCCAAGUCUCCGGGUUAUGCCGCAGCUCCCGCCGUGGAGUGGACGGCACUGUGUCAGUUCAGUUAAUCCGCAUGUCUUUGGUGUAAAGGGUGGGUCACAGUUGGGGGUGAUUGCUCCCCACUGUUUCUCCCUUCUGGGGAGGUCCAUGCCCAGGGGGUGUGGGGUGUCAAAGUCCUGUUUUCCUGCCAUCUCUGUCCUGUCUGUGGCCACCGUUUCCCACGCAAGGUCCUUGUGUCCCUCCCCAGAGAACUCCCAGGUGUGUGAAGGAGGGACAGGGUCUGUGUCACCUUGGAGACCCUGGCACAGAGGGUAGGGCCCCUCGGUGAGGUGGAUGGCCACCUGGCAUGUCCAAUCUGAUCUUUCAUCUCUCCCUCAGGUUUAGCCCAGAAGAAGACAGCCCCCACUGAGGUCCCCUUGAUGAGCGGGCAGCUGGGCCCUGCCCAUGGGAAGAAGCUGGGUCAUCGGGGUGUGGAUGCCUCUGGUGAAACCACCUACAAGAAGACCACCUCCUCCACCCUGAAGGGUGCCAUCCAGCUGGGCAUUGGCUACACUGUGGGCAACCUGAGCUCCAAGCCAGAGCGCGACGUGCUCAUGCAGGACUUCUACGUGGUGGAGAGCAUCUUCUUCCCCAGUGAAGGCAGCAAUCUCACCCCUGCCCACCACUUCCAGGACUUCAGGUUCAAGACCUACGCACCUGUCGCCUUCCGCUACUUCCGGGAACUCUUUGGCAUCCGACCGGACGACUACCUGUACUCACUGUGCAAUGAGCCCCUGAUCGAGCUGUCCAACCCCGGUGCCAGCGGUUCCCUCUUCUACGUCACCAGCGACGAUGAGUUCAUCAUCAAGACCGUGAUGCACAAGGAGGCUGAGUUCCUGCAGAAGCUGCUACCUGGCUACUACAUGAACCUCAACCAGAACCCGCGGACACUGCUGCCCAAGUUCUAUGGGCUCUACUGUGUGCAGUCGGGGGGCAAGAACAUUCGAGUGGUGGUGAUGAACAACAUCCUGCCCCGCGUGGUCAAGAUGCACCUCAAGUUUGACCUCAAGGGCUCCACGUAUAAGCGGCGGGCCAGCAAGAAGGAGAAGGAGAAGAGCAUCCCCACCUACAAGGACCUGGACUUCAUCCAGGACAUGCCUGAGGGGCUGCUGCUGGAUGCCGACACCUUCUCCGCGCUCGUCAAGACGCUGCAGCGGGACUGCCUGGUGCUGGAGAGCUUCAAGAUCAUGGACUACAGCCUGCUGCUGGGUGUGCACAACAUGGACCAGCAGGAGCGGGAGCGGCAGGCCGAGGGCGCCCAGAGCACCUCAGAUGAGAAGCGGCCCCUAGGCCAAAAGGCGCUAUACUCCACAGCCAUGGAGUCCAUCCAGGGCGGUGCUGCACGCGGGGAGGCCAUCGAGACAGAUGACACGAUGGGAGGGAUCCCCGCCGUGAACGGCCGAGGAGAACGCCUCCUGCUGCACAUCGGCAUCAUCGACAUCCUGCAGUCCUACAGGUUUAUCAAGAAGCUGGAGCACACCUGGAAGGCUCUUGUCCAUGACGGGGACACUGUCUCUGUCCAUCGGCCCAGCUUCUAUGCUGAGCGCUUCUUUAAGUUCAUGAGCAACACGGUCUUUCGGAAGAACUCCUCCCUGAAGUCAUCACCGUCCAAGAAGGGCCGCAGUGCCUUGCUGGCUGUCAAGCCCCUGGGACCCACAGCUGCCUUCUCAGCCAGCCAGAUCCCCAGUGAGCGGGAGGAUGCCCAGUACGACCUGCGGGGGGCCCGCAGUUACCCCACCCUGGAGGAUGAAGGCCGACCUGACCUCCUACCCUGCACACCACCCUCUUUUGAGGAGGCCACCACUGCCUCCAUUGCCACCACCCUGUCCUCCACCUCCCUCUCCAUCCCUGAGCGAUCUCCCUCCGAGACGUCGGAGCAGCCAAGGCGGCGCACACAGUCCUCCGGACAGGAUGGCCGGGCCCAGGAGGAGACGCACGCGGAAGAGGACCUGCAGCAGAUCACGGUGCAGGUGGAGCCCACGUGCAGCGUAGAGAUCGUGGUCCCCAAGGAGGAGGACUCGGGGGUGGAGGCUUCCCCAGCCUGUGCCUCUGCCACCGUCGCUGCCUCUGAAGCAGAAACUGCCAGCCAGGCCUCAGAACCCGCCAGUCAGGCCUCAGAUGAAGAGGAUGCGCCUACCACCGACAUCUACUUUUUCUCGGAUGGGAGGUACUGGAUUUACUCUCCCCGGCAUCGCCGACUGCGGGCCGUCACGCUGAGCUCCUCAGGGACUGUAAGUGACUGCAGCAGGCCCCCAGGGAGCCCAGACCCCACCCUGCUGCCCUGGGCAGCAGGGAGCCACAGGGCCUGGCCAUCCCUCUUCCUCUGAGAAGGGACUUGGGGAAAACACUUACCCCAGGCAGGCACUGGCCUUGUGCCUCCCGAGGUGACAUUACUUCAUCCCCUCUGCAGUGGGUGUCGCUGAAGUGGCUGGGGCUCAGGAGGCACCAUUGACUGUGGUAGCAACUCCGCAUCUGACCCCCCACCCAGGCCACCCCAGCCUCCUGAGUCAGGAGCAUGUUGGACAGAUGCUUCCGCUGAGACCUCGCUGCUGGAGGCUCUCCAGGGUGCGUAGGCGGCCAGCGGGGUCUUAACUGCAGGGGACAGGCUGGUCUAUCUGUACCCCUCUCACUGGCGGGGAAACUGAAAUCUCAGCUGCCCGGGGAGCCCACAAGAGCACGUUAGAUUUUGUCUAGACAAAAUCUGAGUCCCGAACUCCAAGGCAGCCUAUGUGUCUAGCGCCCGGUCGUCAUGUGGACACUGUGCAGCGUUCGCAUGGUCAGUGCCUGUUACUGUCAUGACGAUAAACAAGGGCCUGGGGAGGCCAAGUCACCUGCCCAGAGGCACAUAGCGCAUGAAGGGGCAGAACGGAGUGGAUAUCUGAAGUAAGGGUUCUGUUCUCAAGAAUGAAGCUCCUCAGAGCUGUGCACCCCCGCCUGCCAGCAGGCCCCUUGGAGCAGCAGCAGGUGCCCGGGCUGCCGCAUGGCCCGAGGAUAGAGACCAUACCUGGCUCCUGCCGUACUGUGCCCUCCAGGGGCAGGGACGCUUCUCCCCAGAGAUGAUGGGGGCUGGAGCCUUGCGGCAGCCCCCAAGAGCCUCCGGGCCUGGAGCUGUUUGCAGAGCUGCCUAGAGAGGUGUUGGUCUGACUUUGAGAAGCAUCUGGGUACCAAGAGGCAGAAGAGGAAAGGGUGAUCAUGUAGAGGGCACAGCAGAAGUAGAGCCUGGAGGCCAGAUUGGAGGAGCAGUUGGCCUGACCUCGGUGGGGACCAGAACUCUCUCGGGUCUCCCUGCCCUCUGGCCACCACUUCUUCCUUCCCCAGACUUGGUUCCUUGCCUGCUUCAGUGAGGACACUCUUCCCAUUAUCUGGGUUGCUGAAUCCUGGCACUUCUGGCUCCCAGGCAGGCCAGGCCCCACCCUCCUGGGUCCCAGGGGCUAGAGUGAGAAGUGAGCUGCCCCAGGGCCAGGGCUGUGGCUGCAGUUGUGAUGUCAGAGGGAGCAGCAGGGGCUGUGCUAGGCCCUGCUGCUGCCCUACGGUGGUUUGUGCCAGCCCAGCCGAGGCGGGUAUAGCCACAUGGGAUGAAUGACCUGCCUGUGGGGCCCAGAGGCCCAGGUGGCUCACACAAGGGUGGGUUUUGCCCCGCGCUGCAGAAAGAAUAGGAUCGAGCAGGCAGAGGAGUAGCCCUGGGUUAGAGAGCCAGCAGGCGGAUCCCUAGAAGGGAGGUGGAACAGGGCAUGCCUCAGGCCAGGACCUCAGUGUCAGAAGUGGAAGGAGUGGGGUGGAUCUGGGGGUGCCGUGGGUUGUGGUGUGGUGAGUUUAGGGGCCGUGGGACACCAGGGUGGCUAUGGCUCUGGUGCAUGCAUCCUCAGGCCCAGCAUGCUGAGCCGAACCCUUAGAGUGUCGAAGAGCAAAGGGAGCCCCUGGGGAGAAAAGGAGCCCACUAGGUGAGGGCAGUCAUGGAGUCUUGAGGGAGUCACCGGGGCCAGGGCUGGGGCAGAGUCCAUGAGGCAGGGCAGACCCUGGGUGGGUGAGUGUCAGUGCUGCAGCCACUGAACCUCACUCGGACCGGGUGGGAGUGGGAGACCAGCAACCUGCCUUGUCCAGGACCCUUCUUGGUCAGUCCCCAGGCCUCAGUUUGAGCCCCUACUGCAUCUACUCCCCAGAAGGUGUCCCCUGGAGGGGGGCUGGCAGGUCUCCACUGUGACUCAUGCCUCAGUUUCCCGUGAGGAAAUCCGUGCAUUCCAUCCUGAAAGACUUGUGGGUGAUUGGAAAAUUGGCUCCACCCCAAGAUGUCCACUACCCACGAACCCCAAGUUGAGGUCCUGCUCCAGUCUGGAGUCCAGGACCUGAGCUGGGGUUCUACCAGGGUAGGACAAAGGUUGGGGUGCUUUGGGAGGGCAGGUGGGGAGCACUGGGACGGGAGAGAAAGGGAGCGGGAGCAGCAGGAUAGCAGAGCACCAGGCCCGCCGCCCGUCUUCCUGUGCUGUGCCAGCCCUGCCUUCACGCCACUAACCGCUUCCUACCACCCACCCUGCCGUACCUACUGGCCACUCAGCUGGAGGCCAGGCCCCCGGAGCCCCUACCUCAACCCCAGGACUGCCCGGGUUGGGGGCAGGUUUCCGGUCCGGGAAAGGGCAGCUGGGGCUGAGUCACCCACUCGUCGUCCCGCGUUGGGGGUCUGCCUCUUUUAUUUCUGUUUCUUCCUCUCCCUCUGCCUCUCUGUCACGCCUCUGCACCCUGCUCUUCUGCGCCCUUCCUGCACGUGCCGCCCGCCCGCC